GCCGCGCCCCUCGAGGCGGGGAGAUGGUUCGUAAUUUUACGGAAAUCCGCAGCCCCAGUUUCGUUUCCUCGGGGUCUGGAGGCAGCAGCGGGAUAAUGGCGUCGAUGAGCAGAACUAAGUCGGAGCCGAACCUGUUGGAGCUGGAGGAGGAGCUGACGUGCUCCAUCUGCCUCUGCAUCUUCAACGUCCCCGUGACGGUGCCCUGCGGACACAACUUCUGCGCCUCCUGCCUGGAGCUCACCUGGGCCGGCCAGGUGCGGGACUUGAGCUGCCCUCAAUGCCGCGCCACCUUCCCGAGCCGCCCGCAGCUCCGCAAGAACACGGUGCUGUGCCGGGUGGUGGAGCAGAUGCGGGGCAGCGGGACCGGGGACGGCAAGGAGGACGAUGAGAGCGAGGAGGAAGAACGGGAGGCGGCGACCCUCAUCUACUGCGACAGCUGCCUGCAGGCGGCCGCCACGCAGACCUGCCUCACCUGCAUGGCUUCCUUCUGCCCCGAGCACCUGCGGCCGCACCACGACAGCCCGGCGUUCCGCGACCAUCGGCUGUGCCCGCCCGUGCGGGACCUGCAGCAGAGAAAGUGCCCGCAGCACAACAAGCUCUUUGAGUUCUUCUGCAGCCAGCACGGCUGCUGCAUCUGCUCGCUGUGCCUGCUGAGCCACAAGCCGUGCCACACCAGCACGCUGCAGGAGGCCAAAGAUAAAACCGAGGCUGCACUGAAGAAGAGGCUGGUGGAGCUGCACAACCAGAGUGAAAGAUCCGUGCAAGCAAUGAACUCUGUGAAAACAAUCCAGAGUCAAGCUGCUGAGACAGCUGCCAGAAAGCGGGAUCUGCUGAGAGCUGAGUUUAUGGAAAUUAAAGCUUUAAUUGAAGAAAAAGAAAACCAGACCCUAAAAGUAGUUAUGGAAGAAGAAAAAAGAGUUUGCAAUAAGUUCGAUUACAUAUAUAAAAUUCUGGGAAGUAAGAAGAAUGAAAUUCAGUCUCUGAGAGACCAGAUUGAGAUGGCACUGACCGAAGGGGAUGACGUUCUCUUUUUAAAGAGAGCAGCAGCGCUGCAACGAACAUCAAUAAAAGAGGCCUUUGUCCCAGUAAUAGAAAUGGACCACAACAUGAUACACGCUGCUUAUCAGUCUGCCAUUAACCUUAAAGAUGCUGUCAAACUUGCAGUGAAUGCGUCUGUGGAUAAAAGAACGGAUGCCAAACCACCACCUGGCAAAACGAAGCCCCCUUCAGUGCCUUCCACAAACAAACCCGUUGUUAAAAAGAAGAUUGCUGCAGACUUGCGUACUCACAGAGAGAAAAUCCCUCCCUCCCCUAAGAUCACUGUGCUGGAGGAGACAGAUACCCAGGACAAAAAGAAUCCUGUUAAACCCGCACCAAAUGUGGGAGCACCAAACGUGGGAGCACCGGGCACAGGAGCACCAAAUGCUGCAAUUGCUGUUAAAGUGAAAGAACUAAUAACCAGCUUCCUGAAAAGACCCAGAGAGGAGCUUAUGCAGUAUGCCGCUAACAUCAUGCUGGAUUUCAACACAGCUCACAACAAAGUGGCUCUGUCUGAGAGAUACACCAAGAUGUCUGUUUCAGACACCCUGCUGAAUUAUAACCACCACCCUCAGCGUUUCACCGACUGUCCCCAAGUGUUGGGGUUCCAGUUCUUCAAGAGAGGCAUCCACUACUGGGAAGUGGAACUGCAGCAGAACAACUUCUGUGGCAUUGGCAUCUGCUAUGGCAGCAUGGGGCGGCAGGGGCCGGACAGCCGCCUGGGUAGGAACAGCAGUUCAUGGUGUAUCGAGUGGUUUAACUCCAAAAUUUCAGCCUGGCAUAAUGAUGUUGAGAAGUGCUUACCCAAUACAAAGGCUACUAAGAUCGGUGUGCUGCUCCACUGUGAUGGAGGGUUCGUGCUUUUCUUGAGUGUCGAGGAAAAGCUUAACUUGAUCUAUAAAUUCAAGGCCCAGUUUACUGAAGCUGUGUACCCUGCCUUCUGGUUAUUUUCCAGUGGCACUGUUCUCUCUCUAUGCCAAAUGAAACCAUAAGUUCUGGUACCUUCAUUUGGUUUGCCUGGAUACUGACAUGCAGAUAAUCACUCCUUGCAGCAACCCAUCUUUGUAGCUAUAGAAUGUACGUUCAGUUCAUAAUCCAUGUUCUUGCUUGUUUUAGUCUAAGCAGUGUCAAAGAUAGUGGGUUGUUAUUUUUUGGUUUUUUUUUGUGCGUUUUGGUGUUUUUCUGUCUUGUUUUUUCUUCCAAUGACAAUUAAUGACCCUUAUAUAGUUUAGGGUAUUGGAUGAUUCUAUGGCCUGCAUUGCUAACACCUUUAAAUGCUGAUUUAGUAAAGUGAUGACAGUAAAAACCACAGAGAAAGGAUCUGCAAAAACUACACUGUCCUUCCAAAAGCAAAGCUAUGAUACAGCUCAUUGGCAAAUGCCUUCAGUAGCUGCUGUAGAUUCUGCAGUUGCUGUAAAGGAUCUCCUGUGUUCCACAGGUGGCAAUGACCAUUUGAGAAGGAAAUAAGAGAGAUUCCCUGAAAACAUUUCAGGCUUUGAGGUUGGUUUCAGUUUUGCAUUAACCUUUUCUCUAUAUUCAGACUAUUGUCUGCAGCCAGGAUUUACAAUGUGUGUUCUCAGUGUGUACUUUCUGCUGAGGCGGAACAGAAUGAAUUGUUGAAAGAGGUAAAUUCAGGUCUUGUGACACUCAGUUGUAAAAGUCAUUGCAACAAAUCUCAUUAGAGACUUUUAGAGCUGAUGGAUAAGACAGAAUCACAGGGUAAUAAAUGACAGUGAAUGUAUCACAGGGAGUCUUUGGGAAGAAAUCUUGUGUAGCAGCGUGGAUCUGUAAUAAUAGUCUGUGGGUUGAAGCAUUCUGUGUCAUGUCUGACCCAGAGGGUGCUUCACAUCUUCACAGUGAAGGCUCUUUGGAGUAUUUUUUUGUGUUGAGGAGUUCAGGGAGUGUAUUUCUGGUUCGCAUAGGAGCAUAAAAGUGCUGUUCACUUACAGAAGUCUCCUAUCAUAAAGCUUUUCCUCCUUGGAAGGCAUAUUUUAAUUUGCUUGGUUGGUAGAGACUGGAUUUCCUGCGGGGUGGUUAUGUUACUGUGACUCUGAUUUGAGGAGCACAGUACACAGGGAGUGCUGUUUCCUCUGUGUGUGAAGCCUGCUGGCAGGGAGGUCUGUCUUUUGAAACAUAUGGGGAAUUAGUACAAGAGGGAAUAAUACACUUCCAUCUCCUCUGAAACAGAUCUUGAAUUCUCCUGGUCUUUGUUGGAUUGUGGAAUGUUUCCAGAAGUCCUCAUCAUGUGCAGAGGAAUCUGUUCCUCAGCUUUUCUUAAUUACAACUUUUAAACAAUCAGCAGGCAGUCAAGGUAUUUGGAUCUCCUAGUUAUUGAGCCUGUACCUUGGUGAUGCCUCUGGACUUACUGUGCUAGCUCUAUUUCUUGGAGUACCCCAUGAAGAACAAUGGGGUAUGACAUAUGACAUAUGUCAUAGGACAGAAUUCUUGGACUCCAGUGGGUUUUAGUAUGUGCUGAGAAAUCAAACACAAAGCUACUGCUGACAGUUUGGAAGGGAACUGUCAGAAUGCUCAAAAGAACCUCUGACUACAUUUCAUGUUAGUCAAAGUGUUCUAAAGGGCGACUUGUAGGAAUUUAGGCUUUGUUGUCUUUGGUUACUUGGUUUGAAAGCUCACUGUACUUUGCAAAGGACAGCAUCGUUCUGAUUCCAUUCCUUUGUCCAGGGUGGUAUAUGGAAUUGAUGCUGGAUCUAAACAGUGUGACUGCUGUCUUUGGAAUGGUUUCUAUCUCAAGUACCGCCCUUCCAAUGCACAGUUGCACUGAAACACUUUGAAAGGUGAGGAAGGAGGAUGGGUCCUGUUAGGAAGCAAUAGUGCAGCCAGAACCUCUUUUUCCUGCAUUUCCAGCUCUCCAGUUGUGGGGACAUGAGCAGUUUCAUCUGAGAAAUCCUGUCCAUGAGCUGCUUGGCCAUGGCACAGGGCUGCAGAUUCACCCAGUGGGAUGCUGAAGGAGUAUCCUGUCCCCUUUUUAUGAGGAAAAAAGGUACUCCAGGGGCUUGGGCAGAGGAGAAACUCCAGCUCUUCUGUUACUCUUGCUCCUUGGAUCUCAAAAGGGUGUCAACAUUAACCUCUACGUCUUUGGGCUUGCUUUAGCCAUAGCAUAAAGUGACACUCAAACUAAGGACAGAAGAGCUCUUAUUCUGCCAUGACGGACAAGGAUGGAUUCUUUACAUGUGACAUUAGUAUGUACCAUGUAAGACACGUUCUGGUUUACCAUGAGCAUUGAAACAAGCCUGCUGCUGUACUACAAGGAGUUCUUGUUUUUUGCUCUGUUUUUGUGCCAGAAACAAACCAGAAUGGUAGAAUGAGGGUCUGUUAGUUUGGAACAAGAGAAAUGAACAGCUGAGUUGCCACGCUUCUGAAAACUGGUAUUUCAGAUAUCUCUGGAUUUAUCAGAACAUCGGGGCUGAUAUAAUGUUAGAGUAAAAUAUUAGUUACAGCAUGAUAAGUAAUGGCUCAGAAAAGCUAGUUUUCUGGUUUUACUCAGCCAGUAACACUAUCACAGCUACAAUGGUUUUAAAUAAAACAUAGAUAAUAAGCAUGGAUUUCAGUUAUAUUUCUCUAAAGAACUUGACUUAAUCAGUCUAGAAAGAAAACGAAUCCUGGUGUUAAUAAAACCAUGAGUAUGAUUUGCAUACUCAAAGUGAUUAUACAUACUCAUUUGCAUAUUGAUGUACAGGUGACAGUAACUGCUGAGACCCUUACACACCACAUGCCUUAGUUUGUAUUCAUUUCUCCUCAGUGCAACACAUCAGUAAUACUCUACAGUUAGGAAAGCAAAUGCUUGUUGGUGUCCCCAUGUGCCCGUAGCACUGCUACCAGCCACGUGCUACAGUGCAUACGGGAGAUGCUCUGUGACGCAGCAUUUCAGCUCAGUGUGUUUGUCAGAUGCUGAUUUUGUGCUAUUUGUUUUGCUGUCACACCUCUCAUCUUUCAGAUGUUGUUGUUUCAAUCAUCUUGCUGAACUGUUGGUUUGUUUUUCAAUUAAAAUAAUUAAAUAAAAAUUCAUUGUAAACCCAAA